UGCUUAGUAAGCAUGAUAAUUCUUUCCGAUUUCUAUUGUACGGACUCACCAUUGCCUUGAUAGCUCGUGGCAGAUCCAAGAUCCCCCUUACUUUAAGAGGUGCAAUUAUAUCUGAUGUUCAUGGGACGAUAUAAAACCUUCUUAAUAUUACUAUUUCAUUGUUCAAUCUCUUUGAUAGUUGGGGAGUCUCACUGAUAUGAAGUAGACGUUAUUUCUGGAAUGUAUCUGCACCUUGCAUUUCAGAUUGAAAACUAUGGUGCUAACUAUUACCAGUAAUGCGAAUGCUACGUUUAAGAGUUUAUCAUCUGAAGGGGGGUUAAUGGUCAAAAAGUGGGAUUUUGGGUGUCUCAUGUGUAGAAGGCUCUCUAGCUUCAUUGUUUUCCUUGCAUCUACAUUAACGUUAGGGUGCUCACUUUGGUAAUUGUGUUAAAAAGAUUGGGUUGGUAGAAUCAUUCCAUUACUUAGGAGUUGAAUAACUGAGAAUUGUGUUUUCAUUCAGAUCUUGGAAGGUGUUCCUGUGCCAUGUAGUAUUAGGGAUGGUUAAUGAUGAUAGCCUUUUGUGGAUAGGGCCCAAAAGCUGUUUCUUAUGGAAGAGAUCUCUUUCCCUGUUAAUUCAGACUCCUCAGUCUAAAUUUCACUUGGGGAUCCCCUAUAUCGUAAUACUAGCUUUCCCCAUUUGGGCAGCCAGAUUUUGUGAUCCUUUUUUUUUUUUUUUUGACUCUACUAAGUUAAGAACUUGGUGAGUGACCUCUGAUGAUAAAGGAAAGCCAUGGUCAACUAUAAAUUAGAUGUGAAGUUAGCUCUGCUUCAUUGCUAGUUCCUAGGAAAUGUCUGGUCCUGAUUUUUCUGUUUCAAUCUCUUCCUAACUGGUGCCUGUUUGGUGAAGUUCAAAAAUAUGUCUGAUCAGUCACUUGCAUUGGCUACUGGUUCUCUCUCUUAAUUGGUGUCUAUUUGUGGAAAUUUAAGAGCCUGCUUAAUCUGUUGCUCAGAUGAAUGAUUGGUGCUCUACUACUGACAGAUGAAUACUUGGAAGAGGACCUGUUUGGUUUUCAUGGACAGAAUAAUCAAACUUUUAGAGGCUCAAUCAUUUUGCUUUAUUUAACUGUAGUGAAACCUUAGUUCAUAGUAACCGUAUGAAGGUUGAGUUUUAUCUCUGGGUUUGAUUAUGAUAAUUUUAGUGUCAGCUUUGUGAACCUAUCCAGUUCUUCCACAGUGGUUCAACCUUUUUAUUGUCUAUAAAGAGAGAUUCCUUAUGAAAAGGAAAUGGUCAUACAUUCUGGGCAUGUGAAGAGACUCGGUACCAUCAUUGUUCUUAUGCACCUAAGCCGUAGCAGAUGCAGGAUAUAGCAUCUUGUUGACAGAAUGGUGUUUACCCACUCUCUUGUGAUUGUGGUUUUGUGUGCCCGUGUCAUAUGUGCCAAUGUUAUGGUCUUUGUGGUGAUGUAUCGUAACUUGUUCAUCAUUAUGGGCUCUCCUAUCAACCUCUGGCCACCUUCUCCCAUGCUGAUUACUUUCAUCCUAGCUUGCUCUAAAUCUAACAGGGCAGUGAAAUUGAAAUUGCAGACCCUGAUAGGCCCAAGAACGAUAAGGCAACAAUCCUAACUGAUACAAUCCAAAUGCUGAAGGAUUUGACUGCCCAAGUCAAUAAACUGAAAGCCGAGUAUACAGCACUAUCAGAAGAAUCACGGGAGUUAACACAGGAAAAAAAUGAGCUGAGAGAAGAGAAGGCAUCUAUAAAGUCUGAGAUUGACAACCUUAACGUUCAGUAUCAGCAGAGACUUGGGGUUAUGUUCCCUUGGGGCACCAUGGAUCCGUCAGUUGUCAUGGCACCACCUUCAUAUUCAUAUCCAGUGCCAGUUCCUGUUCCUCCAGGGCCCAUUCCCAUGCACCCAUCUAUGCAGCUGUACCCGUUCUUUAGAAAUCAAAGCCCCGGGGCCAUCCCCAACCCCUGCUCAACUUAUGUUCCAUAUUCAUCGCCUGUUAAUCCUCAAACUGAACAUCCAUCCACCCGAUAUGUUUCUCCCCAACAGCAGCCUAGCAGUAGGUCUCACGCUUCUAGCAAACAUGACUCCAGAAGCAAGUCGCCGGAUCAUCAAAGGGGCAGCAAUGUCGAAAGAAGUGAUGCUUCUAAUGAUGUUGCGACAGAUCUGGAGCUGAAGACACCUGGAUCCACAGCAGACCAGGAGAUUUCAUCCGGGGUAAGGAAAGGCAAGCAGUCGCAGAGGAAAGAAAACAGUGUUACAGUUGGGAGCUGUUCAAGCAGAUGUUCUUCAUCAAAAGGUGUGCAAGAUAGCUCCUCCAAUAGUGUGGGUAAUGGACUGAAGGUAGAUAACUAAAGAACCUUCAGGUUGCUUCAAGCUUCAGCGUGUUGACCACUGACUUGUCUGAUGACAACAUGCCCCCAUGUAGCAAAAUAGGAAUCUUUAUAUCAACAUGACUAGAUGGUCUUCAUCUGCCUUGUAACAGAAUCAGAUGGUUGCAGAAGACAAGGGCAUGUCAUUGAUUAUGAUAUAAUUUAAUUGUCAAUUUUGAUGUAAGAGUCCCCUAAGGGGGGACCUAACCCUCCUCAACAAGUGGUGCAUACUUGAGCCAUGUAAACUCAAUGGUCUGAAAGAUGCUUAGUAAGUGUGGAGGGUUCUGUUUCAUACCAGAAAAGGUUGGGUGGGUGGAUUCAUUUUCUUAUAUCGUGAAAUGAAGCCAUGCCUCCAUGGUUUUUCCAUUUCUAGAGAAGCAAAUCUUGUCAUUGAUCUUAUAAAUUCUCAGAUUUAAGGGAUGAUUUAAUUGUACUACAGAUUGCAGGAAUCUCAGAGAUACAUUAAAAAUUAUAUACUUCUAUUUGUAAACUAUACUUAAUGGCGGUUUUGAUGUGC